UAACUUUGACUUAUUUCGGCUACUGUACGGCGUAAGAAUGCCUCGUCAGUCUUGAAAGAGAUACUUUCACCCAUUCAUUAAAAACACUGGAUUUUUCCCCACUUGAAAGUUUAUUUAUUUUAAAUUAUGUUACGUAACAGGACAGUCACUCAAGAUAAAAGCAGUAGUGGUAAAGAUGAUAACAAUAAGGCGGAAGAAUCAAACGUAAGCGCAGGUCCUGCGACAAAAAAAGGAUUCUGUGCCAAAGUUACAGACGUGGGAAAAGUUGUUCUUCUUAUCAUCUUCAUUCCUCCUUUUUUGAAUUAUGCCUCUUUGCAGCGAGAGGGAGCGCUGCUUAUUCCUGAAGGGGCCCAAUCAGUGGAUAUUGGAUUAGGUCAGAAGGUCCACCUCUUGUGCAAAGGACAAGGGGAGCCAGUUGUUCUGCUGGACGCUCCCACCGGAAUGUCCUCGGAAUCCUGGUUCUAUAUCCAAGAAGAAGUUUCACAGAAGACCAGGGUGUGCGCAUAUGAUCGGGUGGGACUCGGGUUCAGUAAGCGAGCCCUGCAGAACCAGACCACGGGAACAGAGAAGGUGUGGGGCAUGUCCACGACUGGAAGGAUGGUGGACGACCUGCACCGGCUCGUCAAGGCUGCAGAGAUGGCCACGCCCCUGGUGCUGGUGGGAUCCGAACUGGGCGCGCUCAAUGCCAGGUUCUACAGUCACAUCCAUGACACGGAGGUGUCAGACCUCGUCCUCAUCGAUCCUAUCCCAGAAGGUAUAUUUCAGGAGACGCAGUGGCAGCAGUACUGGUACUCGCAGCUGGUGCCGUACCUGCAGAUGAUGCAGCUGGCCGCCGCCACCGGACUUACCAGAAUAUUCAUCAUUCUGGGAUGGAUACAUCCAGCGAUUAAAGGAGAGAUGGUGUCCGAGGAUGUAAUUCAGAGGCAGAAAUAUCUCCUGAGCAACCCGUCUCACCAAAGCAGCGCUGUGGACGAGCACUUUUUCCUGAACGAGAGCGCGUCCCAAGUCAGAGAAAUUUCAGUAUAUAAACCGCUGACAAGCCGGACCUCUGUCAGCAUGGUAACGGGUGAUCACUUUGACAGCCGGUUUCCUGCUCAUCUCAACCAAAUUGUUGCCGAGCAUCAAAAGAGAUUCCAGGAGCAGUUUUACCCAUCAGCUAAGCGGAUCCACGUCCGUGGGGCGGAUCGCAGAGCCAUCUAUGAAGAUCACAGCAUUAUUAGCCGGCAUUUGCAGGAGAUCGUCGCGCAGAGACAACUUAAACAACAGAGCCAGUAAAAUUUAGAAUUGACAUAUGACAAUUCCUAGCUGUAGUCCUGAAUGUCCACUUAAUAACAAAAAUUCCUUUUUAAAUACUGUUUGUUACGAGCUCUGUUAUUCCAAGAUUACACCCAGGUCAUAACUUGUUAAUUGAGUGUACAGGCGUUCGCUUGACCUAAAUAAGGACACAUGGUUUUUGUUAAUAAAAUGUUCUGGUUUCCAUGA